AUGGCUCGAGGAUCAGGCAAGUUCAAGCACAAACGAGGAGGCGGACGAAACUUUAGCAAGAACCUUAUGCAUGUAGACCCUAACGCUGAGUCGUUCGGGGAUCGAAGCGCAUACCGCUCCCGCAGAGCCCAAGACGACGACGACGACGACUCCGAAGAAGACUCUGAGGAAGACUCUGAGGACGGCUCUGAAGAAGGCUCCUCGGAAGAAGAAGAGGAAGAAGAUCAGCCCCAACUCACCCGCGCAGAACGUAAAGAGCUCAAGAAGAAACAAGCUCUAGAGAAGGCCAAGGGCAAAACCAAAGCCACCGGCAGCGGCGACGACGACGACGAAGACGAGGAUGAUUCAGACCUGAUCAACCCCAACCACGUCCAGAAGAAGAUGACGAUCUCUGAUUUGAAUGCGCCGAGGGAGUUGUCGAGGAGGGAGAGGGAACAAAAAGAGAAGCAAGAAGCUAAAGAUCGGUAUUGGAAGCUCCACGUCCAAGGCAAAACAGCAGAAGCCAAAGCAGACCUCGCCCGCCUCGCCAAGAUCCGUGCAGAACGUGAAGCAGCGCAGGCAAAGAGGAAGGCUGAAGAGGAGGCCCGCAAAGCAGAAAUAGAAGCCAAACGACAAGCCCAACUCGAGAAACUCAAGAAGAAGAUCUAAGAAUUUAAGAUUUUCAGGAGCCCGCUGCUUUCCGCUUGAAUCCGCUUCGCGAUUCGUCCACUGGUCAAAGU